GCGGAGAUUCACCAACCCUUUUUCCAAUCUAAUCCGGCUCGGAUCCGAAUCAUCGCUUUAAUCAAGUUACCCAUACUUCAAAAUCCCCACAACUCUCUCAAAAUGGUUUCCAAGACGAUCAUCUUCGCUCUCGCAGCAGCUACUUCUGUUGCCGCACACGGCAAGGUUGCACAAGUCACUGGCGAUCUCGGUGGCAACGGCACUGCUCUCGCUAUCCAGGGUGGCGUUGUUCCCGGCCCCGGCCCCAACCGCAAGACUGAGCUCGACACCACUGUCUUCAAGAGCAAGAACAUCAUGACGGACGGCAUGGGCAAGACCACCGGCGGCGGCAAGGUCCAGGCUGCCGAUAUCUCCCAGGCCAUGGCUCUGUCCGGCGAUACCCUCCCUCAGGUCUCCUCCACUGGCGGCAGCAUCUCCGGCACCUUCCACGUCGUCACCACCGACGGUGCCGGUCCUCUCCGCGCCGUUCUCGACCCCACCGGUACCGGCGCGUUUUCCCAGGGCACUGAGCUCACUGUCACUCAGCAAGUUCCCGGCAAGAACGGUAACAUCAGACCCAAUGGCCAGGUUCCUGGCGGCAAGCGUUCCCUCUGGGAGCGGGCCAUGAGCGUCAUCGAAAAGCGUGCUUCCAACGUCAACAAGGACUUCCCCAUGGCCUUCUCCGUGCCCGCCGGCACCACCUGUACUGGUACCAUGGGUGGCCAGAGCAACGUCUGCUUGGUCAAGAUUGCCAACAGCAACGGCGCCGGCCCCUUCGGAGGCGUUGUGCCCAUCCAGAUUGCCCCUGGCGGUGCCGCCACCAACUCUACCCCGGCCGCUGCUCCGGCCGCCAAGCGCGAGGUCGAGUUCCAGGCAUAA